AUGUAUAUGUGGCUUUCGUCCAUUAGACUGGGUUUUCCCAGAAAAUGCAUUCACCCCACCCAAAACAAUCACAACCGUUUGAUCUUCGCCCAUGGCGGCAGUGGCGGCGGUUCUUUCAAGUGGGCAUCUUCCCAGGCGGCACUUGCCCUCUGGAACUCCAGUUCCUCCCACUCUGAUGAAUCAUCUGAUGAUAAUUCUGUCACUGUUUGUACCACAAACGUCGCUACCAAUGGCGCCAAUAGAACCCAUUGCUUCUCCGAAUUAGAUACUUCUGGGGUUGUUAGCAAGCUCAACUGUCUAAGAAACGAACCCAAUUUGGCGAUUUCGUUCUUUCACCGGGUGAAGGGAGAUGGCUUUCGACACAAUGUCUACACGUAUUCCGCGCUUAUUAGAAUUUUGUGCUGUUGGGGUCUGGAUAGGAAGUUGGAUUCUCUCUUUGUGAACCUUAUUAAUUGCUGUGAAGACCUUGAAUUCGAGAUUUCGGAUUUGAUGGAAGCGAUUGAGGAGGGAAUUGAGGUUUCCCCAUCGAUGAUCCGAGCCUAUGAUGCAUUGCUCAAGUCUUUUGUCAGUUUGAACAUGUUCGAUGAGGCUAUUGAUGUUUUAUUCCAGACAAAAAGACGUGGGUUUGUGCCCCAUAUCUUUACGAGUAAUUUUCUAAUGAACCGCUUGGUUGAGCAUAGUAAAGUGGAUAUGGCUGUGGCUAUAUACAAGCAGUUGAAGCGGAUUGGUAUGAACCCUAAUGAUUACACUUACGCAAUUGUCAUCAAGGGACUCUGCAAGAAAGGUAGCUUGGAAGAGGCUGUGGAAGUGUUUCAGGAGAUGCAGGAAGCCGGGGUAACCCCUAGCGCCUUUGCUUACACAGCGUAUAUUGAAGGGCUUUGCACCAAUCACAGGCCGGAUUUAGGGUACCAAGUGCUCCAAGCAUGCCAUGGGGAAAAUGUUCUUAUCGAUGUGUAUGCUUAUAACGCUGUCAUUCGUGGGUUCUGCAACGAGAUGAAGUUUGAUGAAGCUGAAAGCAUCCUUCUUGACAUGGAAAAGCGAGGGCUGGUCCCUGAUUCAUAUACCUACAGUGUGAUGAUCUGUGGCUACUGCAAGAGUUCCAAGUUGUUGAAAGCUUUGGCUCUUCAUAAUGACAUGGAGUCAAAGGGUAUAAAAACAAAUUGUGUGAUUGUUAGUUUGAUUCUUCAAUGCAUGUGUAACAUGGGCAUGCCUUCUGAAGCGGUGGAUCAGUUUAGAGAAUAUAAGAGCUUGGGAAUCUAUCUUGAUGAGGUUUCCUACAAUAUCGCGGUAGAUGCCUUUUGCAAGCUGGGGAAAAUGGAACAAGCCUUAGAAUUGCUUGAAGAGAUGAAGUGUAAGCAUAUGGUUUUAGAUAUUAUGCAUUACACGACAUUGAUCAAAGGCUACUUUCUCCAAGGGCAUGUUGUCGAGGCUGCAAGUUUUUUGAAGGAAAUGAAGGAAAAGGGUCUGAAGCCAGACAUCACUACGUACAAUGUACUUGACCUUUUGGAUUAUAUGGGGGCACAUGGUUUUAAACCAGACUCUGUUACACACAACAUGAUAAUUGAAAAUUUAUGUGUAGGAGGAAAAGUCAAGGAAGCUGAAGCGUUUCUAUACAGUUUGGAAUAUAAGAAUGCGGAUACCUAUUCUGCCAUGGUCAACGGGUACUGUGAAGCCAACCAUACAAAAGAGGCCUAUGAACUUCUUAUUAGAUUAGCAAAGCAAGGAACUUUAGUUAAACAAGGGCUUGCUUUAAAGUACUCAGUAAACUUUGUAUAG